UCUGACUGCACCGAAGGGGUGAGCGUCUGCCGAGGCCCAAUCAGCGGUUUAGUGCUGCCUGCCGGUGCCGGGGACUGGUGGUGAGGAGCCGCUGCAGCGCUGUCAGGACCGGACCGUGAACCCGGAGACGGUACACACUGAGGCCGUAAGGAGAACACAGGAUGGAGCGGAUGUCUGAGGAGGCGCUGAGGCUCAACCUGCUGAAGCGGGGCCUGGAGUCCCCCAGCGAGCGAGAGGAGGCGCUGGCCAAACGCCUCAAGAUGGAGGGUCACGAGGCCAUGGAGCGCCUCAAGAUGCUGGCGCUGCUCAAACGCAAGGACCUAGCCGACCUAGCGGCGCUGGAGGUGGCGGGGCCCCUGGGAGACGGGAAGGGCCCCGGGGCCAGCUCCCUCCACCACCAGAGCCUCAUGGGCGCCGCGUACGAGGAGAAGCUAAACGGGAGUCUGAGGCUCGGUGGCCACAGCGGCCACAGCGGCCAUGUCGGACCCAGUAAGAACGGGAAGGAGAACAUGCUGGAUGAGCCGGUGGAUAUGAGCGCUGGAAGAAGAUGUUUAAGUGACGCGGAUCGUGACAGAAGAACUCCAUCUCCUGACGUAAUCAUCCUGUCGGACAACGAGGCAUCCAGUCCCAGGACAACACCUCGCCCUGAGGAACGCCUGCACCAGGCCAACCUGGACAUGUUCAAGGGGAAGAGCGGCGAGGAGAGGCAGCAGAUGAUCAAAGCUCUGAGAGAGGAGCUGCGUCUGGAGGAAGCUCGUCUUGUGCUGCUCAAGAAGCUCCGGCAGAGUCAGAUGCAGAAGGAGAAUGUGGUGCAGAAGGUCGCAGUGGUCCAGAACGCCUCGUCCUCGGUGCAGCCUCCCUCCAUCCACAGCUCUGCUGGCCUGGGGAAGCUGCCUGUGAGGCCGGGCCUGCACAACCCGGAGCCCCAGAACCUCCGCACUGCACAGGGUCACACGGUCAUCAGGUCAGCGGCCAAUGCCAACCUGCCACCGAUGUUAAUGUCCCAGCGAGUGAUCGCCCCGAACCCCUCCCAGCUGCAGGGUCAGAGGGUCUCCUCCAAGCCUGUCAUGUCCCGCUCCGGCUCCGGCAGCUUGGCCAAUGCCGUCAGCUACCAGCAGGCCAGCCAGCAAGUGGCAGCUUCCCAGCGCUCAGGCUCCAGUGCCAUGUACAUGAACCUGGCCCACAUGCAAGCGGCGGCAGCAGCGGGGGCCGGCGGGGUGGCAGGCGGCCUGGGGGGAGCCUCCGCCGUCAGCCCGUCCACCCUGUCCGGGUCGGCCAGCGGCGGCGUGAGCUCCAUGGCCGACCAGGCCAGCAGCCAGGCAGCGGCCAAGCUGGCCCUCAGGAAGCAGCUGGAGAAAACCCUGUUGGAGAUCCCUCCGCCCAAACCCCCCGCCCCACUCCUCCACUUCCUGCCCUCUGCCGCCAACAGCGAGUUCAUCUACAUGGUGGGGCUGGAGGAGGUGGUUCAGAGUGUGCUCGACAGUCAGGGUAAACUCAGAGGCUCGCUGCCCCGCAUGGAGCCGUUCUUCUGCGCCCAGUGCAGAACCGACUUCACUCCUCACUGGAAGCAGGAGAAGAGCGGGCGCAUCCUCUGCGAGCAGUGCAUGACGUCCAAUCAGAAGAAGGCACUGAAGGCAGAGCACACCAACAGGCUGAAGAACGCCUUUGUGAAGGCUUUGCAGCAGGAACAGGAGAUUGAACAGAGGCUGCAGCAGCAGGCGGCGCUCUCUACCAGCUCAGUCCCCACCGGACCCAACGCCUCCAAGACUGACACCAUGAUCCGACAUCAUGCUCUCCGCCAGUUCAGGGCAUCUCUGUCCUUCCACCAGGCUCCUCAGCCCCAGGCUUCCCUCCAGCGGGGCCUGUCCAACUCAGCGCGGGGCGUCCUGUCAAACUUCUCUCAGGCCUCGCAGCUGUCGGUGGCCAGCAGCCUCAUGGGAAUGACUAAUGCCAAGUACUGUGGCAGCGGCGGAGGCGGCAGCAGCAGCAGUAGCAGCAACAGACUGCAGCAUGACAGCCGUCGCCAGAUCUACAACAUCCCAGGGUUAAAUAUUGCUUAUCUGAACCCAGCGGCAGUUGGAGCCCACAAGAGCAGCAGCUUAGCAGACCGACAGAGAGAGUACCUGUUGGACAUGAUCCCACCUCGAUCCAUAUCGCAGUCCAUCACUGGACAGAAAUGAGCCCCAACCAGUCCCCCGCCCUCCCCCGUUUACUGCCCCUCUGAUGUCACGCCCAUCCCGCCCCACUUCUACCCCCCUCCCAUACUGAAGCACUCCCCAAUCAACCAACCACCUCCCCCCUCCCCCCCCCUCCACCGCAUGCAGUGCCUGUCCGUGUGCCUACCUUAAACCAACCCAUGAAAACCCAACCAGUCGGACAAAGACACUAAAACUGUCAGUGCAUCUCAAAUGUUCUUACGACAGUAAAACUCUUCUUCGUCAACGUUGUUUAACAAUUAUAAUUCCCAUUAUUAUCGCUGUUGGUAGCACUAUUAUUAUUGUUAUUAUUAUUAUUAUUAUUAUACCUGCUUCAGUUACUAUUACUCAUUAUGCUUUUUUUUAAAUUUCGUAAGUAUUUGGUCCAUUUAUGUUCCUCUGCCGUCGCUCCUUUACUCUCAGGAGCGACGGCCAAUCAUCGUUUUACCCCCCGCCCCCCCUCCUCCUCUCAAUUAUUAAGCUUAGAUGUGACAAUUUGCUAGUAACAGAAGAUCAACAGACUGCAUUCUGGUUGCUAUGCAACGUUAAGUUCCGACAACUUUAGCUCGCUAACUUGAAGUUUAAAAAAAAAAAAAGAAGAAAAAGGAAAAAAAGUGGAUUUUAUGUCAUACAGAUAAGAACAAACCCAGAAAAAAUAAAAGUUAGAAAGUGUUCUGCAUGCUCUUGAAAAGAGCUUCCUUUAGAAGUGAAGAAUGUGAGAGCAGAGCGCCCCCUACUGUACACUCACUGUUUUUCUUUUGUUUUUGUGUUUUUUUAACACUGACACGCAGCUAAUGUCCCACCUGGAGUUUCAGGGCAGCGUCACUUCUAAUGAACUGGAAGACGAGUGACAGAAGGUGCACACGUGUACAAAAGAGAAUCCUAUGUGAUCCGCGUUUUUCUUUCCUUUGCUCCCACCAUUCCUCCUCCUCCUCCUCCUCCUCCUCCUCCUCAUCGUCGUCCGUUUGUCCGCUUGACCGCUUGAGACGUCCUCGCCUCUCUCUGUUAAACAGUCGGCAGGUGGAUGAACCACGCGGGACUUUACUGCAACUGUGUUAACCCCGGAAGCGUCAGCCAUCAGUGGACACUCAGGUCCACACAGACUCCAGUGAGGAGGGAGCUGACGGGCGCCGAGGAGGACGUCGUUGACACCCACGCGAGGGCGCCAUGUCUGAAACAAGUCAAUUUGCCCCAUCCACCCUCUCACCCCAAAUCCAUCCUGCCUCGCUACCUGCCUCUAACCCCCACCCCCCCCUUUCAUGCCCCGCCCCCCUCCCCACUACCUUCGAGAAAUCAAAACAAACUCUAAUCUGAAGGUGGAAGCACACACAUACACUGUGUCUCCAAGCCACAGAUUUUGUACGUAGAAACCUGCAAAUCUGGAUUCCUUUGCUUCUCCUAUUUGGGUUUUUUUAGAUUUCCCCCGACCCCUGACCCCCCCUCCCUCUUCCCAUUCUUUCUUUUUUAGUUUGUGUCCUUCUUUUCUGCCUUUCUUACUUCCUUUCUUUCUUUUUUUGCGGCGUCUCCUAAUAAAUUGGCGGCGUACCUGAGAGGUGUUAGCCCCCUGGAGACGAUAAUAAUCAACAUAGCUAAAAACAGAACCUAUUGAAAAAAUCUGUAUGGAUUAUGUAUAGAUACCUAGCUUCAGAUUUAAAAAAAAAAAACAAAAAACAAAACAAAAAAAAAACAGAAAAAAAGGGAUGUGGAUUAUAUCUUUUAUGGGAGAGACAUGGAUCAAUCAUUGUGUGCACACUCUUGCACACAAGUUCCCUGACUCCAGAGGAGCACUUUGCAUAUUUCCAAUUGGAAAACCUUUUUUUUUAAUUAUUAUUAUUAUUAUUAUUAUUAUUAUUAUUAUUAUUUUAUUUUUUUGUUUUUUUUUAAUGGAGAGGGAAAGAAUGUUACAGGUGGGAGUGGCUGAAGUGGCAGCUGACCGAUGACCGACCACAGUGAGGGGACGUGACGUCAAGGUGUGUGUGUGUGUGUGUGUGUUUUUUAAAUGGCUGAAACAAUUCAUCCUCAUUUAUUAUAUUUGCCUCACACGGGAGGUGAUGUUUGCCUCACACGGGACACAUUUGCGCUGUCCCUUACUUUAUUAACAGUUACAUACGUGUGAGAUAUGAGUGUUUACAACAGAUACUGCAAACUCCUCACCGCCGGUUUUAUUUUUAUAAACAUUUAAACACUUCUUUGGUUAGUUUUUGUGUGACAGCAACAGGCAGGGAUUAAAAAGUGUCUGUAAAAACAUUAUAUACACUGUAUGAUAGGGGUCUCAAACUCUAAAUCUGGCCCAAAGUGACCAACAGUAAACAAUAUUUUUAUAAAUAAUAACAAUAAUAAUGAAUAAGCUUAUAUUUAUCACAUUAUUUUAAGCUUGUCUAAGUGUUUUAAUUACAAUAUGUCUACUCUAUUUUAUUUCUGUCUGGUUUUGUUAUUUACACUUUUACUUUAAAAUGUUGUGCAAUAUCAUACUAAAUACUUUUAAUUGCAACAUCAUGGUGGAUUAUCAGGAUAGGAUUUUAAUUUCUAACUACUAAACAGGUCAUUUUGAGUUUGAGGCCCAUGCUGUAUAAUGUAUAUCUCUGUUUUGCUGCCUUUGUCUGACAACAGAUGGCAUCUGUUGUUAACUUCCUCUUUUGAGAGGAGUGAAAAAGUCCUUUUUUAAGUUUUGUUAACCUUCAGUAUUUUCCCAAUCUGUAUCUGCAGCAACUAAUAACUCUGCUGGCAACUCAGGCAUUUAAUUAACCCAGUUUGACCCCUGUGUGACCCCGUCACACUCCGUCAUGUAGUGUGAAAUCACAGUGACUCAGAAUCCCAAUCACAUGUCGGCACAUGUCAGGCUACGACUCUGAACGUCUCAUAGCGUGAACUUAAUCUUACCAGUUGUUUUUGGCGUCUGCAGUUUAAAUGUUACAAAGUGAUCCAGUUACAUAAUGACACUGAUGCAAAAGGUCAAAUCAAGACUGUGUUUGUACCUGUUUUGUCACUGAACUAUUCAGUCUGUUGUUAACAUAAUGUGUCAUUCAGAGGCAACUUUUCCCUUUUGUCUCCUUGUUAUGGGAGCAAAGACGCAGUGAAGACAGAAAUACACCUGUCAGUCAUUCUUAGUGGCACAAUUCAGAGUUGUAAAAACAUCUUUAUUGUUGUUAUGUCAUACUUUUAACCCACAGAGGAGCACAAUGACAAGUGUUUCUCAGAGACUGUCGGUGUCUAAUACAGAAUAAAUUAGGUUAAACAGGUAGGUAAACAUUAGGAGAUGUCCUCAGGCUGGUGCCCAUGUCAAGACAACACGGCACGGGUCCAUCACUGGCGAUGCAGACUCACCAAGCGCUCGAUAACAGUGCAGUUCAUUUUGCGUCGGUUCAGUAAAUCCUGAUCCGACUGUGUGUUUAUCUCUGUGACGAUUCUGUCAACUCAUCAACUAUCAAUUUAUUUUGGUUUUGUGUCCUGCACAACUUUUGACAAUCGAAAAAAAAUAAUUGUGUAACAUACUGAACUGAACUGAACUGCACUGGGCUUAAACUGACAAACUAAUGACUUUCAACUAGAACUGAGCUCAGUAUUGAGAAGAAACUCUUAACGUAAACUAAAAUGGUCACCAGUGUAAACAUUAAACACUUGCUAACUGCUCUUCUAAUAUAAAAGGCAGCAUGUUAGCUAUGCUAUGCUAAGCACAGCCACAUAGCUAACGUGGCUUAACAUAAUAUAGCAGUGCUAUGCUAAGUAAAGCCACGUUAGCUAACGUGGCAAAACAAACACUUAAAAAUGAAGCUAAAAGCAAGAGAAGCUAUGGCAACACUUAAAACACUCCUCCUCAGAUUAAGCUAACAUUUAAAAUAAUCUAAAGCACUUCACAUGGAAGAGUGUGUGUUCGUGUGGUUGUGAGGGUUUAAGCCAGAGGUUUCAAACCUGUGGCCCAACACUUAAUAUCAUCAUGUUUUUAUUUUAUCACUAGACUCAUUUUAGUGUUAUUUAUCAUUCCACAUCAAAAGAAACACUUUUAUUUUGAAUUUGUGGGAAAUAUCAACAUAAAUAUUGUUAUUUUGAUGCCCUGGUCAUUUGAGUUUGAGACCCCUGGUUUAAAGGCAUAAGAUGAAAAGUUUAGGUUCAGGUUGUCCUUCGUUGUGAUGGAGAGGGUUUGUGUAAGUGGUACGCAGCAGAUAAUUAUUAUUAUUUAGAAAGUUAAAGAGUGUAGUCAUCCGUCAACACUACUGCUCAGUUUCCAUAAUCCACAUCAGACCAGAGUCGGCGCUCUGUGUGUGUGUGUAUGUAUGACAGUGACAAAAACAUGGGUUAAUGCUCUGUCAGCUUAAAUAAUGUUAUAUGUUUAAGUUGUGGAUGGUAGGAAGGGCCACUUCUUGCUCACAUGAAAAGCAUAGUCGAGCUAAAACUACAGCUUGACUUGAGUGUGUUGUCAGUAGAAGCUUCCAGCAGCAGUGAUCGUCUGUGUCAGUUGUUGUUAAUUGGUGAAGCUAAUCAGCUAAAAUGGCUAACAAAGGCUCUUUUUGCUCAAUUUGCUCAGUCAUUAUCUGCCACUGCGGCUAAACGAGAGCUAAGAACAUCACUGUCAGCUGCGUCAUGUGAACACAAAGAGCGUGGGAAUCUGUCAUUUCAACAAGACGGCUCACGGAACUGUCGGUGUUUGUUGUUUUGAAAGUUGGAGCCUUUUUUAGAAGUUAUUGUCUAAAGCCUCCCCCACACUAGAGGAGCGUCUCUUAAUCCCUCACACUACAGAUGAAUUUGGCCAAAUAUUCUGUUUACAUCAGCCUAAAAUCAGAAGCAACCACCAUUGUCAGAAUGUCCAGAUUGGGACCAAAAUCUGUCCAAUUGUCUUCUAGUGUGGGACAGAUUUGAGACUGCGUUGACACCUCAGUGUGUUAUGAACUUGGUCUUCAGCCACAGUCUGAUAGUUUGUCCUGGAUUGUUGAUGGAGGUCUCUGUCUCUCGGUUGGUUGGACCGUCCCCUCUGUGUCCCGGUCCCCUCACGUCGCCCUGCCCUUCACUGUCGCGACGUCAUCGUGGUCUGAUGAUAAAACAUGGGUCACUACUCUGAAACUACCUAAGGUUAUAUUCACAGGUGUUAAGUGAAAAUCAUCAGUUUUUGUUUUUCCCCUUCGAUGGAACACUUGAAAUUGGAUGUAGAGAUAUAUUUUUUUGGACAUCUGGAUCAAAUUUAUAAUUUUUGGAUGUUUUGGUCUCCUGUUUGCGGACACGCUGAAGUUGAAGGAAAAACGAAACGAUAGUAAUAAAAAGAAGCUCCGGUCUCUCUCGCUCUUCUGCAGAAACAUCCUCACACCUUUGUAUUUGGACUGCAGAUUCUUUUCAAACGUCAAAAGAUUUUUAGAUUUCCAAAAAAAAAAAAUCAUCCUUUUUUUUUUUUUUUUUUCUCUGAUGUCUCUAAUGAGUUCUGUUUUCUUUCUAUUGCAGUUAAAAAAAAUAAAUGUAUUGACUAUGAAAUAAAUGACACGAUAUUUGCUAGGUUUGAAGUAAUAAUGACUUAUUGUACAUAAGCAUUUUUUUUUCCUCCCUUGUACUGAAAAAAAAAAGAAAUUAAAUGGUUGUAUAUUGUGUAGAAAAGCAAACAAAAAGCCAUGAAUAUUGUGAAGCUUGUCAUUUCGUUUUGUGAUCACUGUGUAUUAUUGUGUAACUAAUGUGCAAAAUGUUUGGGAUUCUUUUUUCCCCCCUCUCUCUCUCUCUCUCUCUCUCCCCCUCUCUCUCUCCCUCGCUCCCUGUCCCUCUCUCUCUCCCCUGGAUGCAUUUGCUUUGGUCUCGGCCUCGUUGGAGUUUGCAGGAAAGUGUUCAUGGCUUCAGACAGACUGUCACACUCACACGUCUCAAACAUUUCAUGUUUCCUCUCGAAGCUUUGAAGCUUGAAGCGACUCUUUUUUUUUUUCCUCCCCCUGCUUUGAUGCUUUGAUGCUUCACUGUGUGUGUGUGUGUUGAAUUAAAUGGACCUUCCCGAUACAAUAGUUGGCUCCAACGUCAGACUGUUGCAUCUGUUUUGCUUCUACUCAAAGAACCAGCGUGGUGUUUCUGCCGUGUUUUACUGUAAAUCAUGUGCUGACCUCUUCUUGCUUAUACGUCCACAUAAUUCAGGGCUUUUUAUUCUUUAACUGGACAGUUAAAAUGGUACAGAACAGCUCGACUGACCCUGGUAUACUCGCGCGUCAGGGUCCUGUAGUAUCCCACUUCACCACCAGGUGGCGGUACAAGUCUGGACACAGGGAAUAGAACGGAAUAAUCGGACACGCCUGGUUCGAGCGGGUCACAGCUGAAAGGUCCGUCGGCAGGGGAGUCAACUUCUUCUGUUGUCUUAAUGUUUUUUUUUCUGCUUGGUGGGCGGGGCUUAAUGCUCCACCUAUCAGUCGGGCGAAAGUUCAGUUUGCGCAUGUUUGGGGUUAGGGUUGCUUUGUGCGUUGAUGACACAAUUGGGUCAAGUAUACGAGGGUCUUAAACCCUGAUCUGACGUCAGACGGUGAUAGCUGCAUCAGCUACGUGAAUAGUGUGACAUCAUACCGUCGUGAUACAGUGUAACCUGCCAAUUCAGCUGUCGUACUCGGUACUUGCGUGUUUUCCCGUUCCUUUUCUUUGUUGCCUGUGAAGUGACCGUUCUGUCGACCCGACCUAUGGAAGUUGACUUUCCAAAAAUAAGAAAUUAGGUUUCCGAUUACAAAUCCCAUUUUUAAGUCGUAAAAGGAUAUUUUAUUGAUUUUUCGCAACCACAAAAUUCUUAAAAAAAAACAGGCACCUGUUGGACCAGCUGGUGUCCACUCAACGGUCAUGGUCUACAAAACGUUGAAACCUGAAGGGAUUUAGACCAUUAACUCACUUUUUCCGUAGACUUCCGUUUGUACAAAGUUAGUUUUUUGCAACGACUAGAGUCGCCCUCCAGUGGCUAAAACUGAAUCGCAGCGGAGGCGUCGCCUGAAAUGUGUUCCAUUCACUUUGAAUGGAGCGGCAUUGAGCGUUGCCCAACUGUAAUUGUGAGUUUGUGCGGUGGAAGUUGAGAAAAGUUUAACUUUCCAGGGAAUUACAUCACAUUUUAACAUGUAGUUUUUACGGGGGCUCCCCUGGUCCCUUCUGCCCUUGGCCCUGAAAAUCUCUAGAAGCACCCUUGCUCAGGUCAAACUGUGUCGGCUGUAAAACUGCGUUUCUGCUCAGAGGAGAAAAAGUUUCGUUUAAUUCCAGCGCUGUGAUGAAAUGACUGGAAAUCAGAAGCUGGGAGGAGCAGACUCAGUUUUUCAACGACCCGGGGUCAGUUAUUUACUCAUGAUUUACAGUAAACGUGGUUCUCGUUCAGAAGAAGAAGAAGAAUCCACUGUUUGUCUGAAGCUUCAUUUUCCAGCCGUGUCUGGACUGAAACCUUGAAUCAGUGAUCACUUUCUCCUGCCGAACACACGCCGACACAUGUAUGCUCCUCUGCUGUUUCGGCUUUCUAUUUCUAUUAGUUAUUGUUGUUGACGCUAAUGCAGGGAAACAUUGAAUUGCAAAAAAAAAAAAAAAAAAUCACUUUGGAUUUUACCUGUCAGAGCGUUUUGUUUUUUUACCGAAUGAUGAUGACAGUGUUUGAAUAAAAACAUCUGUGACGCAGAAACAGAACAUGAAAUCGACCACAGUAUGAAGUGAAGUCCUUUUUAUUUUCUUCUGUUUGUUUGUUUUUUGCUCACAUCAAUCCUGACCUUUUGCACAUACUUGAUAUUUAACGGUCUUCAAAAAAAAAAAGGUAAAAGAAAAUAAUGCUGUUUGAAUACUGCCAGUUGAUUGACAAUUAUGCAUUGAUUGAAAAAAUAAGCUAAUUUUGGAGGAAAUAACUUUGUAAUAUUUAUCUCUUGCAAGCUAUGUUUAAUAAAGGUUGAAACAUUUGCUUCCAA